UCCUUUAACGAUUAUUUUCGGCAUUCCGUCUCGGGCUCUUCCCAAAAUAACCCGAAUCGCUGUGUCAGCGAUGUCGUCGGAAAAUCCACAACAGAACGAAGUGUUCUGCAACAAUCACGUAGACCUGGAGGACAAACCCUCUCCUGUCCAGAGCUACUGCAGCAACUUCAAGAGCGGUUACAUGCCCGUCAACCCCGAGUACAUCGAAAAACUGCAGUUUACCGGAAGGAAAACAUGUGCCUUCUGGACGUUGGUAGCCAUCCUCAUAGUGCUGGCCAUUGGGAACCUAUGUCUGACCUUCAUCAUACUCAACGUUCUUCGCAUGGGCGGCAGUAUGGAAUCCAUAGAAUUCAUACAGAAGCAGGACGCUUUGAAGUUCUUCGGAGACACGGAUCUUGGACACCUCUACAAAAGAAACGGAAAACUUGAAGGUUUCAAGGAUGUACCCAUCGAGCUAUCAUCCCAAGACAGCUCGAUUGUCUUCAGCCUCUCCUCCAAAUUCGGAAGAGUGGCCACCAAGUUUAAGAUGGACCAGAACUCAACCACCUUCGACAGCAUCAGUAAGUUCGAGAUCAAGGACGAAAACGAUAAGAUCAUCUAUUCUUCUGUAGACCCCAUCUUCAACUCUAUCAAAAGCGUUAACAACCUGAAGACUAAACUGACCCUGACCAACAAAAUAUCCAGUCCCAUCAAAGAAAACCUGGAUAUAAAAGGAAAGUUUGUCAAUCUCAAGGGUGCUGAAGGAACCACCAUCAACGGUAAGCUGGUGUUCUGGAGCGCCGAUCAAGAUCUGCUGUUCAAAACGGUAAACGGGUCCAUAGUGAUGUCGAGCAAGAAGGACAUAUUCAUCAACAUGAAGAAUGUGCCCAGCGGUGUUGUCAGACAGAACAAUCAACUGAGAAAGCAGUACAAGAUCUGUGUUUGUAUGCCACAGGGAAAACUGUUCAGAAUACCUGUUUCUGGAUCAAGUUCAGUGAUGUGCAACCACGUGAAUAUGUCGCCUCAGCAUAAUCCGUGUUAUUGAGAAUGUUAUUGAGACUACCAUAAAGAAGUAUGCAAGAACGUAUGUAAAAAUAAUAUAGUUAUGAAUACGCUAUGGGUAAUCAAGUCUGUAAAGUCUUCACCCAGCUGAAGGGUAUUGCAGACUUGGUCAUCUGUUGGAUAUCAUUGUUAUAUUUUAUACUGAUCGAAAUAGCUUGGUUAUAUACUAUUUGAAGAGUUGUAAAAGCGUAUAUUCCAAGAAUUUUUCUUUAUAUAUGUAUGUGAACCAAAAGAAAGAUUAGAUAGAUAUAUGUUGUUGAAUGUUAAAUGAAAAACCAGUCAAGAAUCAAUGUCUUGCAACAAUGUACUAGAAAUAUUACUAAAAGAAUCCUGAAAACUUUGUGUACAUUUUUUAUAAAAUGAUAAUAAAGAGAGCUUUAUAAGA